UUCACGAUAUUUUCCCUAUCUUUCGAGUCUAGGGGUCUGAACCCAGCUUUCCUAGUCUUGGCCGGGCUCGAGCCAGCCCUAUAGAUCUUGGGACGCCUUGGAUGACGACUGGCCCGACUCAGGCGCAACCCAUAUCCUGCCGUGCUACCCACCAUGUACCGCACGGUCUCGCUGCUAGUAAAGCCACGAACAAGGGUGGUUUUUGAGUCGAUUCAAAUUCGAAUUCGAAAGGGUGCAGGCGUAAGUCGUAACAGGUAACGCAGUGAAAAUAGUGUGGAUCACACGGCUGCUGAGUUUAGGCAGGGCUUUCAUGGAGGAAGACAGAUUGAACUCACCCAGCAGUUCCCUGAUUACAUUUGAAGUCCUUGGCCUGCUACUUCACUUCUCUCAGGAUCCAAAUUCAAAGCAUCAUGGAACUACAGUUUGGGAUGCUUCAAUGGUUCUUGCCAAAUUCUUGGAAAGGAACUGCAGAAAGGGUCAGUUUUGCCUGAAUAAAUUGAAGGGUAAACGAGCUAUUGAGCUUGGGGCUGGCUGUGGACUGGCAGGAUUUGGCAUGGCACUCCUAGGUUGCAACGUUAUUUCAACAGACCAGAAGGAAGUACUGCCUUUGCUGAUGAGAAAUGUUGAGAGAAAUAUUUUGAGGAUUAAGCAAGCAAAUCUUGAAUGCUCUGCAUCGAUGGGUUCCAUCCAAGUUGCUGAACUAGAUUGGGGAAAUUCACACCACAUCGCAGCUGUUGAUCCUCCAUUUGACUAUGUCAUUGGCACAGACAUUGUUUAUGCAGAGCAUCUUCUGGAUCCACUAGUGGCAACCUUAAAUGCAUUAUCUGGACCAAAAACUACUAUUUUGUUGGGAUAUGAGCUUCGGUCCACUAAUGUUCAUGAGAAAAUGAUGAACAUGUGGAAGACCAACUACGAAGUUAAAAGCAUACCUAAAUCAAAGAUGGAUCCCAAGUAUCAGCAUUCGAGCAUCCAACUCUUCGUAAUGAGAUUGAAGAUGACACUCCCUCAACAAGUUUGUAAUUGUGGAGUUGCAGAGAUUAAACAUGGAGAUGAUGAGAAUAUCGAGAUUGCUGAGGAUAUGGAGGAUUAUUCUCAUGGUGAUGAAGAGGGAAUCAAGGAAAGAAAAGAAGACUUAGGUUUAGAAAACAAGAAGCAUUUGAAUGAAUGGGAAACACGAAGAUACGGCUCUUUGGCAGCACGCCUCCUUCAAAAUGUGAAGGUCACCUGAAGCUGAGGCUGCUGAGCCAUAUAUACCUUCCCAUUUGGUUAUGGGUUCAAUGAUAUUUAAUUUGAGCAUUGUAGUUGUCGUUUGUAUCUUUGGGAGUCCAUCUUGAAUUCACGAGGAAGGCAAUUUUUCACUUUUGGAUAAAUUAUGGAGUGCUGACAUUUGGUAGACUUACAAUUGAACACUUGAUUGACGCAACCCAAUCUUUAUCCGUGUUUUUAUGGCUUGUAAACGGUGUUUCAUUCCUUGAACACAAAUUGUUCCAAGGAUGUCUCGAUUCCUCUCUUGCAAGAUAUGGUUGUGGGUGCUCUCUUUCACCAUUUGGGUUUAGAUAGAUCCAUAUAUUUUUGCUCCUUUCUUGGAUAUGUAUUGUAGUAUAUAUUUCUUGCUAGCAGGCGGCUAUUUUUGACCUGCUAUGCUUACCAUUUGGGUAAAAGAUAUACUUGAUAUAAUGCUGUUCCAUCUUUGAAGA